UUUAAAUUGAAAAUAUUAGUUAAGAUCUUCUCUAUUUACCAUCUUUACAUAUGAUUUACUUACAACCACCCCAGGAUGAGUUCCAAGCUUCUCCUAACUCCCUUUUGAUUAGCUACGAUGAGUCAAUGAUAGUGACUCAGGAACAAAAGAAGACUUUUAAGUCAUUUGAAGUAGUAGAUUUUGAAUCUGCUAAUGAGGGUCUUUAUAAAACCGGUGAGGAAGUGCCCCACUCCAACCAAAACUAUAUGUUAGGGUUGACUUGAGCGGUCCUCUCCUCGGUUUGUUAUGCUAGUAACAUUAUUUUCGGGAAGAUGGCAUUAAACAGAACACCUAUGCUCACCCCUUAUGAUAUCAACUUUAUGAGAGCAUGAACAUCCCUGUUAGUCAAUUCAUAUCAAGCUAAGAGGAAUGGAUUUGAUCCGAAAGGAUGAAAGACGAAGGGUUUCUUAUUGUUAAUACUAUGUAAUGUCAUGGCUGCACUCAGAUCCUACCCUACUGUUUGGUCUUAUCAGUACAUCUCAGCUAGCAAAUGAUUACUCAUUAUCAACACAUCACCGAUAUUAGUAGUAAUAGUUGCUGGGAUACUGCUAGCUGAAAAGGUAACUUAUGUGAAUUAUCUAAUCGGACUCACAGCUGUGUUCGGAUGCUACAUUUUGACACUCUCAAAUUCCGCAGAUAGCGUUCCAAACUCAAACCCUGUUUUGGGCUAUACAUUUGCUCUGAUCGCAUGUGUAGCAAGGGCCGGAACAAGUUGAACUCAGAGAGUUCUUGCUCAUGUUUGGCAUUUUAUGGCCCUGCCAUUUUAUUAUACCUUCACCUUAUUUGGAGUGUCCUUUAUCGCAUGGAUGUUCUUUGAAGGGUUGAUAAAUGUGGCAUCAUAUGAUCUUAUAGACACAGUACUCCUCCUUUUGGCCUCAUUGGGGACUACUUUUGGGAUGAUGACUAUCAGCAUUGGUCUAAAGCAUCUUCCAGCAUCAACAGCUGCACCGAUAACCAACCUUGAAGUGGCCUUUGGAUUCGUGGCGGAUAUUCUCAUUUUCCACUAUCAGUUCUAUAUGAGUGAUGUAGUGGGAGCCUGAAUUAUAUUUGGAUCGCUACUAGUCCAUAUUGCUUUGCAAUGUUAUAAAAAAUAGCCUCUUCUGCUCGUAAAUCAUUUCAGUA